UGAGCCAGCUGUCCGAAAGGAAGGAUCUGCUCAGCGCCUCUGCGGGCUGAAGAUGGCGGAUGGAGAGAGCAGUCUCGGAAUGGCCCUUUCAGGCGCCUCCGAAAUGGAUGAGCCUGCCGCCAAAAGGUCUAAAUUCAGUCCGGUGACCAACUACGGAUUUAAAGGGGCCGAAGUAGAUCAACUCUCAUGCGUCUCUGGACACACAGAGGCAUGGAAGGCGGCGGUGAAUUGUGCACAGCCCGCGGAGAAGGAAGCGAAGCCGGUGAUGGCGGUAGAGCAGGCCCCAUCAGCGCUAGGCGGAGACAACAAUAGACUGGGUCUGCGGGUCCCCGAGCCGCAUAAACCACUUGUGAAACUAGAAGACAGCGUUGUACCUGGGACAACCGAGGAGCGUGCUGAUUUUCUUGGAUAUGAUGAUCUCCUCACCAACGGUGUUGCUGUCACACCGGACCACAUCACCGAGGAAGAUGACAGAUCCUCACAUGCAAGCUCCAGCGACUGGACUCCUCAACCGCAAAUAGGUUCCUACAGCUUCAUCCAGCAACACAUCAGAGAGACAGAUCCGAGGACCAUUCUGAGGGAUCUACUGCCUGAGACUGUACUCCCACCAGAUUUAGAUGAAAUGACAUUGUGGCAGAUCAUCAUCAACAUCUCAGAACCUCCAAAAAGAAAGAAGCGGAAGGAUAUUAACACAUUAGAAGAUGUGGUCAGGCUACUCCAUGAAAGUAAAAGGAUCCUUGUGCUGACGGGGGCUGGGGUGUCAGUUUCAUGUGGAAUACCAGACUUUCGUUCCAGAGAUGGAAUUUAUGCACGGCUUGCUGUAGAUUUUCCUGAUCUUCCAGACCCACAAGCUAUGUUUGACAUUGAAUACUUCAGACGGGACCCAAGACCCUUUUUUAAGUUUGCUAAGGAGAUCUACCCUGGUCAGUUUCAGCCUUCACCUUGUCACAAAUUCAUAUCUAUGCUGGAUAAGCAAGGGAAGCUGCUGCGCAAUUAUACACAAAACAUUGAUACAUUAGAACAGGUGGCUGGAGUUCAGAGGAUUAUCCAGUGCCAUGGGUCAUUUGCAACUGCAUCCUGUCUUGUCUGUAAACACAAAGUGGAUUGUGAGGCUAUAAGGGAAGACAUCUUUAACCAGGUUGUCCCUCAUUGUCCACACUGUCCAGAUGCUCCCCUGGCGAUCAUGAAACCUGACAUUGUCUUCUUUGGAGAGAAUCUUCCAGAAAUGUUCCACAGAGCCAUGAAGCAGGAUAAGGAUGAGGUGGACCUCUUGAUUGUCAUUGGCUCUUCGCUUAAAGUCCGACCAGUUGCCCUCAUCCCAAACUCCAUUCCUCAUGAAGUGCCUCAGGUCCUGAUCAAUAGGGAGCAGCUGCCUCACCUCAAUUUUGAUGUGGAGCUCCUUGGGGACUGUGAUGUAAUUGUCAACGAACUUUGUCAUCGAUUGGGUGGAGACUUUGAGCAGCUCUGCUACAACACUGUAAGACUCACUGAAAUCACAGAGAAGCCCCCUCGGUUACCAGAACAGCCACCAAGUGCGGCCUUGUCUGCUCAGGAGGAGCUGAAGCAGCACAAUACAGACUCCGUAACUGAGCCUUCAGAGGAGACAGGAAGUCAGAAUAUCACAGAGACUGCUGGUAAUAAUGUUACACCUCCAGAGCCUUGUCCAAACACUCAGCACCACAGUGGAGAGAUGGUUGAGCCAUCAGAGCUCCCCACAGAAGACGCACCAAAAGAGGAGGCUGCCAACAUAAAGAGCCAAACUUCCAACCUUGAAUUUCGUAGACGAUUUUGGAUGAGUCGAAUCAACAGAAGUCCAAUCAGCAAACGCCUUGAGAUGGGCCAGUACCUGUUCCAAGCACCAAAUCAGUAUAUCUUCCUUGGGGCCGAGGUUUACUCUGACUCUGAGGAUGAGACGUCGAGCUCCUGUGGCAGUGAUAGUGAGGAGUCUGAAUGCAGUGCAGAGGGGGUAGAAGAAGGAGACAGCGAGCAAGAGGAAGCUGAUGCACCAGCAGUGGAUGAAGAGAUGUGCCUCAGAGACACAGUACGACACACUUUAUCCAAUGAGGCCACAUCAAGUGAGCUGACAGACAGUACAUCUGAAAACACUCGGAGCACCACACAUCUAUAAAUGUAAAGUACCCAGUCAACAAAGCACUAAUUGUCUUUAUAUAAAUGUUUCAUAUAUUGACUCAUCUAUUAUUUUUCAUAAAGCUGAGUUUGCGUGACAACUUUGUGUGAAUAUGCAGAAAGUUGGUUCUUUUUCCUUUGGGUUUUUUUUCCCCCGUUCCCAUUUUGGUCACAUGCAUUAUGUCUAAAACCUCAUACUGUAUGCUACUUACUAAAUAGAAUGCAGUAGUUUUAAAAAAAGUUUGUUUUUUUAGAAAUUCUUUCCAUGUGGUCAUCUAAUUUUGCAUUCAUAUUUUUAGAAAUUAGGCUGAUGUUCUCAUUUACUUUGGCACACCACAAAUGCAACACUAGAUUAAGCUUUAAUUUCUGAAUUGCAGUCCAUCCAAGCAAAGACUUGAAAUGUGAAUUUCAUUCCACAGUGUGAUGUCAGCUGUGGUCUAAUGACGUGUUUUAGAGUUGGUUCACGUUACCAUUGAGAAACAUGUAAAUAUGUAAGCCUACUGCCUACUAAAUAGUGAGUACUAUGAGUUUUAGAUACAGAAAUCUUAAGACGGUAUACUCAAACCCAUUGUUUAACUUGUAUUAUAAGAAGUUCAGCUGUGACCUUUCAUUGGGGUCAAUGCUGGGGGAAACAGAACAGUACUCUUUAAUUUUAGACCAAAGAACACGUCAUCUACAUGCUCCUACGUUGUCAUAAACUUUGUAUGUUUAACCUGUCAUUUAAAUACAACUAUUAACAAGGUGUUCUUUCUGACAACAUGGCAGCUACUUUUUAUGGUCAGGCCUUUUAUUUUUAUACUCUGAUGUGAGAGACACUCAUCCAAGAGUAGAUAAUACUUUUUAUCUGUACAACAUUGUACUAAGUUUAAGCCUUAGGAAUAUAUUCAGUGAUUCAUGUUGAAAAAUGGAACUUUGUCCUUCUUAUAAUACUGGUUUGUUGCUUCUGUCAAUUUUCAUAAAGUUAAAACAGUUCCAUCAUACAGAGGAAUCUGCUGCCUGUACAGACACUGUUGGUAGAUAGACAUAUUUGAGCCAAUGUGUUGGAUAAAUGUCUAUGCCAACAUAAUUUACAUACCAUUUACACGGUAAUGUUUUGUUUAAUGUUUAAGGAAAUAAGACAUUUUUACAUCAUUAUAGCUGUUAUGUCUCACGAGGCUUUCAGUAAACAAAUGGAAAAACAUUGGCCACUCAUUUCUGUUCUUUCAUGCAGCUGCUGACUGGUGUUCACAUCAGUGUGCAUGGUCCGCCACCUAGCGCCUGCAAGGUCCUUAUUCCACUUAAUGUGUAACUACAGUGAAAGGAUUUCUGCGAGCGGGUCUCACUGUGUGGAUGCACCAUGUUAUCCUAAUAUUUAUUAUUCUGGCUUCUUCCAUUCGUUUUUCGGCACCUAAUUUCUUCACUUUCACCUAGAAAA